CUUAACACAAUCGAUUAGAUUACUUCUGAAGUUGCGAAAAGUGCUCUAUAAAUGUAACCGGAAAUUGGAUUUUUUUAAAAAAACUGCGGCUGCUGGAAGUCAGAAACCAAAGCUGGAAAAGCUCAGCAGGUCUGGCAGCCUCUGUGGAGAGAAAUCAGAGUUAACGUUGCCGGUGCGAUGACCCUUCCUCAGAAGCGGAAAUGAGCUGGUGUACUGGGGAGAUAUUGUAAUCUCAGGACAGUUGAAGAUGCUCUUAACGCUGUUCUGGAAUUAUGCCCUUUAAAAAGCGCAACGGAAUGUACAAAGAAACAAGAUGUUUCAUGAAAAUCAUUUACAAGAGCACAUUCCAGACCUUCGAGUACAGAAGUUCUGAACCUCCCUCUGCAGUACAGAGAAACAAACUUGACACUCUGUUGGAACCAGGGUGUAGUGCAAAUCUCAGUAGACAGUCGAAUUGGUACAAUGCCCCGGCACUCAAAGGUUCCAUUAAUGGAAGCCCCAGAUGGAGGAUGGGGCUGGAUGGUUGUGAUUAGCUGCUUCUUAGUGACUGUUUGCACAAGGGCAGUGUCCAGAUGCUUCUCCAUAUUUUUCGUGGAGUUCCAGAAUUAUUUUGCCCAAGAUUACGCCAUGACAGCAUGGAUACACUCCACAGUUGACUGCACGACAAUGGUAUUUGCACCUGUUGGAAGUAUUAUUAGCAAUCGGUAUUCUACGAGAGUGUCAGUGAUUCUUGGAGGAAUGUUAGCUUCUGCCGGCCUCAUUCUCAGCUCAUUCGCUACCUGCUUGGAGUAUCUCUAUCUAUCUCUGGGAGUUGUCACUGGUUGUGGAUAUGCUUUAGCUUAUUCUCCAGCCAUAUCAAUAGUUGGCAAGUACUUCUGCAAGAAAAAAGCUGUGGCGUAUGGAUUGGCCAUGUCAGGAAGUGGAAUUGGGACUUUUGUUUUAGCUCCAGUGGUUCAGCUGCUGAUUGAAGAGUACUCUUGGCGUGGGGCAUUACUCAUCCUUGGAGGCCUUGUAGCGAAUAUUUGUGUUUGUGGUGCUCUGUUGAGACCCCUCACCCUUGUAGAGGAGCUGUGCAGUUCCACCAUUAGUGACAUUGCCAGUGAGAAAAUCUCUGUGGAAUGCAGCCUUAAGGCACAAUGUGAUGACCCUCAACUGCCCAGCCCUUCUGCAGAUUCGAACUUCAUUAGCAAAGAGAGUGCCGAAAGGCAGCUGUGCAGCUGUUGUCCGUCAUAUAAAGAAUAUGCCUUCCUGCUGACUCCGGACUUCCUUGUGUUUGCUGCAUCGCUGCUAUUCCUCGCCUAUGGCUGCAGCACUCCUUUUGUUCAUCUUGUACCAUAUGCAGUAAGCACUGGGGUAAGCCAACAGCAAGCAGCCUUCCUAAUGUCAAUACUAGGCAUCAUAAACAUUAUUGGCACCAUUUCAUUUGGCUGGAUAACGGACAGAAGGUUCCUGAAGAAGUAUCGGAAAUACUGUUACAUUUUGACAGUCGGCUUGGAUGGUCUCUGCUCUCUGUUCAUUCCCAUUCUGAGAUCCUUUCCACUCCUUGUUCCCUAUGCAGUUUUUUAUGGAUACUUUGACGGGGCUUACGUUGCUCUUAUCCCAGUGGUAACAUCAGAUAUAGCAGGGAAUAGGUUCCUGUCCUCUGCUCUGGGAAUAGUUUACUUUAUCCACGGGAUUCCCUAUCUAAUUGGGCCUCCAAUAGCAGGUUGGUUGGUGGACACUACAGGAAGUUAUACAGCAGCCUUCCUCGUCAGUGGGCUGUCCAUGAUAAUCAGCUCUAUGCUGGUGGUUACUGCCAAUCAAAUAACCAAACACAGGAAUUCAGUUAACCUUCACACCUCGGUCAUAGAGCCAGACCCUAGCACUACAACCUUUCAGACUACAUCAAGUGAUCCAAUAUGAAAAACUGGAUUCAUUAGACAUUAAGAAAAUGCAGGCAAAAAAAAAUUGCUGGCAUAUUUUUAAAAGGUUCUCAAAUUAUCAAAAUAUACGGGCAAUCAUUAUACUUGAGAAGCUAAUGAUAAAUACUUCUUUCAAUGCCAAAGUAUUUUCAUAUAUAUCCAUAUAUAUAAUAGCUUUUUUAAAAAAUGUUUUCUGUCUCUUUCAUUUGGCAAGUUCCUCUUGACUUGCUAACUGCAGAGUCGCUGGUUUGUAACAAUACUUCUCUUCAAUACAAAGGGCUCGUGUGUGGACAUAUGACUCCUAACAAUGUAUCAGUGAUUGUAUAUGUGGCCAGUGUCAGUCAUAAAUCUCAUACCUCAUAAUGACACAAGCUCAAUUGAAAUUUUUAAGAUUGUGAUCCAUAGAUUUUCUUUAAUUAUGUCUAUCAAAAGAUAUGGAAUAAAGCCAGGGACAUUAAUUUAAAUGCAGAUCAGCCAGGAUUUGGUUGAUUGUUAGUAGAAAAAGCCUGUGAAGUUGAACUUCUUAUGUUUAAUUUAAGAAUGAUAUAAUGUAUAUAGACUCCUGAAGAGAGGUAGGAAUCAUGCAAGCAUACAGUUUUCUUGUUUUUCUAAUCUGUUCAUCCAUUAAUUAAGCCAACGACCCUACAUACAUUUUGAGCAGUCUCUGUCCAGCUACCUUUCUGAAGAUUUUCAUGUCCUUUUGAUUUGUUACAUCUCGUUCAUACUGCCUUUUCUCAUGCUCUAUCAAAAUGUAUCGUGUGUUGUCCAUUUCAUCACCCUAUCCUUAACUUCUGGAGUUUGUUAUAAUUCCCUUAAUUCUUUAUUAUAAUUCCACAUUUUGUAUGAUCUACAAAUUUUGAAAUGAUGGCUAUCAUAUCUAGUCCAUAUCAUUGACGUAUAUCAAAGAGAAACAGUCUUAACACUAAUCCCAGUGAAACCUCGAGUGUGAAGACCAGCUAUCCAUCACCACAUUGGUGAGACCUACCAUCAACUGAGUGACUGCUUUGUGGACUGCAGUGUUAGCAAGAAUGACUCCGUCCUUUCAGUUGCUUGCUAUUUCAAUGCUCCACCUUGCUCGCAUUCUAAUAUUUCUCUCCUAGACUGGAGUGGUCAAGGCAAGGUGGAGGAAGAGCAUCUCAUUUUCCACUUCUGCACUUUUAUAGCCUUCUGAACUCAACAUUGAGUUCAGCAAUUUCAGACCAUGAACUCUGCCCCCACCCCCUUUUGGAUUACCCCAUUACUCUCAUCAACACUCUCUGCUACCUCAUCAAAUCAAGUUAGUGAAACAAAAUACAUCUUUAACUAAUCCAGACCAAGUUUCAUUUAGUAGCCCAUUUCCAAAUGCCAAGUAAUUUGCCCUGAAUCCUUGUGUAAGGUUUUGUUAUGGACCAGACCAAACUCGCUCAAAAUAUAUGCAGAAGAUAGCUUAGACCAUAGCCUUUUCUUAUUUUAAAGGCAAGUGCAAAAUGUUGCAUUCCAGAUGCUAUUUGAUUGGUCAAACCAACAGUAUUGAAAUAAAACACACUUUAUCAUACACUAUAGUUAAAACACACCAAAAGAAAGAAUAAAUUGCAAUAGCUUAACUCUGUUGGAAAGCUUAAACAGAAUAAUAGAUUAUUUAACUACUAAACAGCAACUGUUCCAAUAUAGUUGUAUCCCAUGGAUACACCCUUGGCAAAGGCAAAUUCAGUAAAUAGAUUGUUGUGCAUGCAAUUCUAGCAGCAGGAAGAGAACUCCACCUUUUAGCUGUAACAGAGAGAGGAAAAAGAGCUUCCACAUCCAACUUCAAAACCCUAGCAACUGCUACCGAAGGCUAAAACUAAAAACAAACUGGUUCUGUGGAGCUUGACACCACCCAUUCAGAAUGCUUCUAUUGUUCCAACUUUAAAAAGAAUCCCAAGACCUCACAAGCUGUUUACUUAUUGGCUUUGUUAAGACUGCUCACCACCUCUGUCUCAACUUCCUUAAUUUAAAAAAAAGCACAAACUACACCUCUUAAAGCCAUAGUAUUGUUGCAGGAUAGAAAAUUGGCUGGUAGAAAGCAGCACAUGCAUAAUUGGAUCUUUUUCUGAUCCAAAGGAUAUGACAAAUGAAGUCCCGCAGGAUUCUUUGUUGGGUCCUCAACCUUUUAAUUUACAUCAAUGACUAAGAUGAGGGAAAUGAAGUAUGCUGGCUACCUUUUUAAAUGUUAGGUCCAUAACGAUAGGGAGGAAGGCAAGGAAGCUGCAGACCUUAAGACCAUAAGACCAUAAAGACGUAAGAGUGGAAGUAAGGCCAUUCAGCCCACCGGGUCCACUCCGCCAUUCAAUCAUGGCUGAUGGGCAUUUCAACUCCACUUCCCAGCAUUCUCCCCGUAGCCCUUAAUUCCUUGUGACAUCAAGAAUUUAUCAAUCUCUGCCUUGAAGACAUUGAGCGUCCUGGCCUCCACUGCACUCUGCCGCAAUGAAUUCCACAGGCCCACCACUCUCUAGCUGAAGAAAUGUCUCCGUAUUUCUGUUCUGAAUUGACCCCCUCUAAUUCUAAGGCUGUGUCCACGGGUCCUAGUCUCCUCGCCUAAUGGAAACAAUUUCCUAGCAUCCAAGCCAUGCAUUAUCUUGUAAGUUUCUAUUAAAUCUCCCCUUAAUCGUCUAAACUCCAAUGAAUACUAUCCCAGGAUCCUCAGCCGUUCCUCGUAUGUUGGACCUACCAUUCCAGGGAUCAUCUGUGUGAAUCUCCGCUGGACACGCUCCAGUGCCAGCAAGUCCUUCCUGAGGUGUGGGGACCAAAACUGGACACAGUACUCCAAAUGGGGCCUAACCAGAGCUUUAUAAAGUCUCAGUAGCACAAUGGUGCGUUUAUAUUCCAACCCUCUUGAGAUAAACAGACAGGUAGAGAUAGAUUGAGUCAAUGGGUAAAAAUCUGGCAUAUGGAGUAUAAUAUUGGAUAAUACAUUCUUUGGCAGGAUGAAUAUAAAGGCAGAAUAUUAUUUAACCAGAGGUACUGCAGAAUUCUGAGGUGCAGAGAGAUCUACAUGUUCUAGUGCCUGAGUGAUUAAAGGUUAGUUUACAAGUGCAGUAAAUAAUUAAGCCUAAUGGAAUGCUAUCCUUUAUUAUGAGCAGAAUUUAACUUGAAUGCAGUAUGUUAUGCUUAAGGUAUGUAGGGUGUUGUUGAGACCACAUCUGGAGUACUAAAUACAGUUUGGGCCUCUUUGAUUUAUGUCUGAUUGCUAUAAUGCAGCAUACCUUUAAGAGACAUGCUUGUGAUAUUGUAACUGUACCACAGCAUGUGACCUAAAGUAUAAAGAUCUCGAACUCCAUCUUAACUAUGGUCAAUUGAAGCAUGACGUGCUGAGUGCAGUGUGAGUGCACUGCAGUUUGUCACUGAAAAACUGAUUAUUAGCUCAGACAUAGAAGUGCCUGCAACUGUCAUGUUUAUGUGUAUUUCAAGAGCUGUAAUAAACAUCUAUUGAAUCUUC